AAGGAGCACGCCGCGUCCCGUGCCCCCGAGUUCAUUUUAUUAAGGAGCACGCCAUGACGAUCGAGAUGGCGGGCUACAUCCGCAAGACGCACGCGGGCGGCGCGUACACGGAGGCUCGCUCGGUCAAGCGCUGGCUGCUCUCCGAUGGCUUCCAGGUGCGCUACAGCAAGUCGCCCAGCGGCACGCAGACGGGAAAGUUUGAUCUGCGAAACGUGGAGGAGCUGCGGAUGGUGUCGCGGGGCGACGCGCCGGGCGUGCGCGUCAAGGUGCGCGACCGCGGCAACAAGCUCCUCGAGAUCCACUUCCUCACCUCAGGGCCGCGCUGGAUCGAGUACUGGGCCUCGGCCGUCGCAGAGUCGGCGCUCGAUGACGAGCUCCGGCAGUGGCGCAGGGCGGAAAUGACGGCGCAGCUGGACAGCACGUACGCGGACCAGGCGGGUCUGAAGGCCAAGGGCGCCGGCACCACCGACGACCUCCUCUUCUCGCCGCGCGAGCGGGCCGGAGCCGCCGAAGCCUCGCAGCCGCCGCCUCGCGCCGUGGCGCCGCUGAACCACUCGACGGCCGAGUCGACGGCUUCGACGGCGGAGGGGGUGCCGGCGGCGGCGGACGGGGACGACGACGACGACGUCUUCAUCGUGACGGUGCCUCCCCUCUCGAAGCCCGGCGACAAGCUGCGAGCCACCGACCAGUACGGCUCGAGGAUGAUCCUUGUCGUGCCGCCCGGAGCCAGCCCGGGCACCACCCUCGAGUACGUCAAGCCCAAGGCAACCUCUGCGGGGGCGGCUACUCCUGCCUCCGCCCCCGCCGCCUCGUAUGCCGCCGGCGCGCCGUCGCCAAGCAGCGGCGGUGGCGCGGCGGCGAGCGGCGGCCCGUCCUACCGAAACAGCUCCGCCCCGCUGCUUGGCGACGACGACGAGGAGGGGCCGGCGGGCUGGCUGGGGAGUGUUCUGGCAAAGUGCUUGCCGCGCUGCUUGCCGGCCGACGGGGGCAGGGCGCGAAAGUACGAGGAUGCGAUGGCGCGGGGAGAGUACCAGACCGCUGCCGGACUGGCGAGUUCGGAGGAGGAGUCGCGCAGGGUUGGGCAGGCGAAGGACCAGACCGCGGCCUUCGUCGCCGCGAUCCGGAGCUACGACUGGGAGGCGGCCAAGCGGCUGGCCCGCUCACAGCAGGAGAAGGAGGACCUCGAGGACUCGAUCGUCCGUGUCAACUACCUCAACUUCUACAUCGACAGACACGAGACGGGGGCGGCGCUCGAGCUCGCGAUCACCGAGGCCGAGGUGGCGAGAAUCCACGCCGCGGCGGCCGCCUCCUAGGCCGCCGCACACGCGCUCGGCGAAUGCACCAGAGUCACCCACGUGGGCCGUGGCGGCACGAUCGUGUCUUGUCGCCCUUCUCGUGCUCAGCUCCCGGGAGGCUCGCGGGUCGGCGGCAGCCACAGCGCGGGUUUCGGCGUUGUGUGGGCCCGUUUAUAUCACCGCUCUUUAUACUCGUUUAUUCCC